UGAAAAUUCGGAAAAAUCGAAAUUUUAAUGGAAAACUCACACAAACACCUGUAAAGCAUCUCGAAAAGCAUCCUGUUGUGUCAAACACUUUUGUAGUCACUUGAGUUCCUUACUGAUUUUGAUGUUUUUUGUGUAAUUGCACAUUUUUCGUCGCACGAAAGGAAAAUGGUUCGUCAACGCAAGCCAGUGAAUCAAAAUCAGGGAAAUGGCAGUACGAGUAACAGCAAUUCAUCGGCAAAUUCUUCGACGAGUCACAAUCCCCGCGGGAACGGGCAUUCGAGUAAGCCUCCAAAUGGAAAAAAAUCCAAAAAUUCAAAGGGAUUCAAUUACGCUUCUUACAUAAAAUUCCUCUUUGGAUGCGUUGUGUUGCUCGUUGCGGCGUAUUUCGGGUAUCGCGGCUAUUUGGAGACCCGGGUGAACACGCCGUUCGACAAUCAGAAAAUGGUGAGCAGCUCAGCGAACACGGAGGAUAUGUUUUGGGGCUCCUACCGUCCUGGCAACUAUUUUGGCAUGAAGACACGCGACGCGCACAGCAUCGUAAUGGGUCUCAUGUGGUAUUUUCCGCGCCAAUUGCUGGGCGGCGGCAAGGGAAUUCGUCAUUGGUGCGAUAGCGGCGAUAAUUUAGCGAAAUAUGGAUGGACCAAACACGAUGGGCGAACAUUCGGCAUUCAAGAAAUUUAUGACGGAGCAUUUAAACUUGAAACUUCCUUCAUAAAAACGGGCGAAGGCAGAAACGGAGGCGAAUGGUCAGCUCGUGUAGCAGUAACGAACACCUCAUCAGCGAUGGAAGACAUUUCCCUGAUAUGGUACACGGCGUUGGAUGACAAAACGAAUGGCUGGAUAAAAGCUAUUGACGCUGACGUGACGGGAGUUGGCGGCGAAACUGUCAAUUUGGGCAAAUUUUUGUUGAGUUUCCACACGAAAGGGAAAAUUAUCAAAAAAUCUUACCUCGCAACUGUUGGUCCGGGACUUCAUGCCUUGAAAGAAACAGUACAGAAUUACGUGAGACUUGUCCCACGCACGAACGGCUCUUCGGAAAAGACUUUGGCUCUUGUAGGUGAAGCUUUGGUCGAUCCGCAAGGCAAUAAAUUGGAUCCGAAUUUCAUCGCGACUCAAGUUACAGUUCGUGCUCCUUUCACCCUCGACAUCACAUAUCGUUCGAUCACGGGAGACCCCUUGGAAGGCUUUUACGAUCAGAAACCCGAUGAUUUUGACGCUUUUUACGGCGACAAGUACACACAAAAGCUGCAAGAGAAAUCGAACGAAUUUUCCGCGAAAUUCGAGGAAAAAUUCCGUCUCAAGAGCAAAGGAUAUUCCGAAAGUAACGUAACGUUUGCUGAAAGUGCGUUGAGUAACUUGAUCGGCGGCAUCGGAUACUUUUACGGAGCCUCGAGAGUACAAAGUGGAUUUACGCGCGAACCAGUGCCUUAUUGGAAAGCACCUUUAUACACUGCUGUACCAUCGCGUUCAUUCUUCCCGCGUGGCUUCCUGUGGGACGAAGGUUUCCACGGACUGCUUAUCGGAAUGUGGGACUUGGAUAUCGAGCUGGACAUCAUAAAUCACUGGUUUGACUUGAUGAAUGUCGAAGGAUGGAUUCCGCGCGAACAAAUUCUCGGCGUAGAAGCGUUAGCGAAGGUGCCCGAAGAGUUUGUGACACAACGAAAUAGCAACGCGAAUCCCCCAACGUUCUUCUUGACGCUCAAAAUGUUGCUGAAUCGCUAUAAAACCGAUAUGUUGGUCAGCAAAAAGCGUCUGGAGAACUUGCAACGACUUUAUCCGCGACUUCAGACAUGGUUUUCGUGGUUCAAUAAUACGCAACGCGGAGAAAUUCCGGGAACUUAUCGAUGGAGAGGCAGAGAUGAGCUUACGGUGCGUGAAUUGAACCCAAAAACGUUGACUUCGGGCUUGGAUGACUUCCCACGAGCAUCACAUCCGAACAAAGAUGAACGUCAUUUGGAUUUGCGUUGCUGGAUUGCCCUUGCUGCUGAAGUUAUGGCUGAUUUGGCGAAAAUUCUCGAACGUAGUGCUGACAAAUACGAAGAAACGCAUCAAUAUCUCACCGAUUCCGAUUUGCUGGACAAACUUCAUUUAUCGGGAACGACUCAAACGUAUGCUGAUUACGGAUUGCACACAGAUGCCGUUGUUUUAAAGAAACCCAUUGUCAAUCCAUCGUCGAAACAUCAACAACAACAACACGUCGACAUGAUCCGUUUCGUUAACAAGCCUCCAGUUUAUCGUCUUGUCGACACGAGUUUCGGUUACGUGAAUCUUUUCCCCUUCCUCAUGCAACAUUUGUCGCCGCAAUCGCCGGCAUUGCAAAAAACCUUGCAAAAUAUUCGAGAUCCUGAAGUACUGUGGACUCCCUUUGGAUUGCGCUCUCUUUCGAAGAAAUCUCCGUACUACAUGAAACGCAACACGGAACACGAUCCCCCAUAUUGGCGCGGACAAAUUUGGAUCAACAUCAAUUAUCUGACGUUGAAGGCGUUGCACCAUUAUAAAAAUCUCCCGGGGCCAUUUGCGGAAGACGCAAAGAAAAUUUACACAGAACUGCGAAAUAACGUCGUGAACAAUAUCAUCAAGCAAUACACGCAAACGGGAUAUAUUUGGGAACAAUAUAACGAUAGAACGGGCGAGGGAUCCGGAUGUCGCCCAUUCACCGGAUGGAGCUCUCUUGUCGUGCUCAUCAUGUCGGAACAGUACUAAAUCACAGAAACUAUUUAUUCAACACAAAAAGGCUUAAACGAGUAGAAACGAGUAAUUAAAGUUCAAUUUUUAAUCAAAAAACGAGUGAAACUGACCACACAAAAAAUUAUUAUAACUUAAAGUAGAGUUAAGCUUUCUAAUAGAGGUAUAUUACUACUUAGAAACUAAAACUUGACAAAGCUCAGAAAUAUGAACGAAAAGAAUUUAGAAGACUUUUUAGAUGUCUUUUAGACAAAAUUUAAAAAAUCUAGAGUUACCAAAAAAAUUUUACAAUAUUUAUCAGAAAAAAAUCGAUAUUAGGACUAAAAUUAAUUAAAAUUAGAAGAAAAUCUUGAAAUUUUAUUUUUGUUUGUUAAAUAUUUUGUUUUUAAAAUGCUUUGUAGAGUCAUCGAGAUAGAAUUAGAAUUACAAAAAAAUAACUCUGGUACAACAAAUCUCUUUAAAAAAAUUUAAUUCAGUAGAAAAAAUUUGCCAUAAAUUGCUUUCUCUUUAAAAUUUAAAACUAAGUAGAAUAUUUUUAAAUUUUUUGUAGAUAUGAGUGUUCCUUUUAACCAUUUUCUCAAUUUAUGUAGAAUUUUUAAUCAAUUAAUC